AUGAUAACAUCAACCCUUCUAGUCACCGCUAUCGUCUACUUCCUCCCUAACCGCCCUUUCCGCGUCUUCGGUCACUUGGAACAAAGGCUCCGAUCACGCUCACAGGUCCUUCGGUCUGUUAUUCUCUGCAGGCGCGCACCCGGGUCAAGACGCACCCUUUCGGAUACUUACUACUACCUCACCACUACCUUUGCCUCUGAGCUAAGGCAGCUUUCUUGUCUUGUUUCGUUUCGUCUCAUCCCGUCCGUCUUCGGCUGUUUGCCGUCCAUAAGGGUCCUUACCUCUACCAACCGUUUCUCGGUUCAACAACUCGCCAACGCAGAAUCUCGCCUCCUACCCUUUAUCGCUUCCGACCUGGUUGAUAAGCAUCCUCUCGACUUCAACAUUCUUCCCGGCCCUUCUACUUUGCCUUUUGGCUCUUGCGACAGCUUCCCAUCUUUCGUUUACAUGCCGAUUUUUUCUGCGAUCGACUUGGGACCUCAUAAGCCUUAG